AUGACCACUCCGGAGACGUCGCGGGAGCCCUGCCCGGACCGCAUCAUCGACGACGUCGGCGGCGCCUUCGGGAUGGGCGCGGUGGGCGGCGCCGCCUUCCACUUCCUCAAGGGCGUCUACAACUCCCCCAACGGCCACCGCCUCGCCGGGGGCGCCACGUCCGCGCGCAUGCUCGCGCUGCGCCUCGGCGGCAGCUUCGCCGUCUGGGGCGGCCUCUUCUCCACCUUCGACUGCGCCCUCGUCUACGCCCGCGAGAAGGAAGACCCCUGGAACUCCAUCGCCUCCGGCGCCGCCACCGGCGGCCAGCUCGCCAUGCGCCAGGGCCUCCUCGCCGCCGGGAGGUCCGCGGUCUUCGGCAGCGCCCUCCUCGCGCUCAUCGAGGGCGCCGGGAUCAUGCUCAACCGUGUCUUGGUCGUCCCGCCGCUGCCGGAGGAACUGCUGCAACCUGGCCAGCACGCACCACCUAGCUUCCUGGGAGUGUCGCCGGCGCCGCCGAUCGCGGUUCAGGAGGUUCCGGUCCCUGACUCUGGCUCGAGCUCGACUGGGUGGCUUGGCAGUUUGUUCGGGAAGAAGCAGGACAAGGUUGCUGGUGGGGAUCGGAAGCCGGAGCUGCACGUGGCGCUGCAGAAGCUGCGGCUCCUGCUCGCCGACUGCGCCCGGAAGGGGGCAAAUGCCAAGGUGGCCGCCUCCGAGCUCCGGGUCGUGAUGGGGUCCCUCGCGACGGCGGUGGACGCGCCGCCGGAGGGCGUGGUCGCGGCGUCCGACGAGGCGCGGGAACUCACGAGGCGCGGCUGCGGGCGGACCUGGAGGACGACUGCGCGGUUCGUGGACGGCUGA